AGGCUCUCCAGCCCUGAGGGAGGCGGCCGAGCUGAGUCCUGCGCGCUGCUCCGCGGCUCCGACGCGGUCGGUCUUUCCUCCCGCGAAGCCGGGCGCGCGCGGCCGCGAUGAGCUGGGAGUUGCUGCUGUGGCUGCUGGCGCUGUGCGCGCUCCUCGCGCUCGUGGUGCAGCUGCUGCGCUUCCUGCGGGCGGAUGGCGACCUGACCCUGCUGUGGGCCGAAUGGCAGGGGCGACGCCCAGAAUGGGAGCUGACUGAUAUGGUGGUAUGGGUGACUGGAGCAUCGAGUGGGAUCGGCGAGGAGCUGGCUUGCCAGCUGUCUAAACUGGGAGUCUCCCUUGUGCUGUCAGCCAGAAGAGUGCAGGAGCUGGAAAGGGUGAAAACAAGGUGCCUUGAGAAUGGCAAUUUAAAAGAAAAAGAUAUACUUGUUUUGCCGCUUGACCUGACUGACAGAAGUUCCCACGAAGCAGCUACCAAAGUGGUUCUCCAGGAGUUUGGUAAAAUCGACAUUCUGGUCAACAAUGCUGGAAGAUCCCAGCGUUCUCUGUGCGUGGACACCAGCCUGGAUGUCUUCAAGGAGCUCAUAGAACUUAACUACUUAGGGACGGUGUCCUUGACAAUGUGUGUUCUGCCUCACAUGAUCGAGAGGAAGCAAGGAAAGAUUGUUAUUGUGAAUAGCCUCCUGGGUAUCUUGUCUAUGCCCCUUUCUAGUGGAUAUUGUGCCAGCAAACAUGCUCUGCGGGGUUUUUUUAAUUGCCUCCGAGCUGAACUUGCUGCAUACCCAGGUAUAGUAGUUUCUAACAUUUGUCCAGGACCUGUGCAAUCAAAUAUUGUGAAGAAUUCCCUAACCGAAGAAGUCCAAAAGACUUUAGGCGUUGAUACAGUCCAGUCCCACAAGAUGGCAACCAGUCGUUGUGUGCGGCUGAUGUUAAUCAGCAUGGCCAAUGAUUUGAAAGAAGUUUGGAUCUCGGAUCACCCUUUUUUGUUAGUAACAUAUUUUUGGCAAUAUAUGCCAACCUGGGCCUGGUGGCUAACCAACAAAUUAGGGAAGAGAAGAAUUGAGAACUUUAAGAAUGGUUUGGAUGCAGAUGUCUCUUACUUUAGAACCUGGAAGACAAAACAUGACUGAAGGAGGAGUACUUGUAUUUUUUAAGCCAUGGAGGUAGAAAUGAAAACAGCAACCUUCUUAUACACUGAAGACUAACUUCUGAUUUUACUUUUCAGUAGAUACAAUUUUCUUUGAACAUGUAAGAAUUAAUAAAAGAUUCUCAUGAAUCAUGCAAUAAAGAUAUUAAUACAUACUGCAUUCUUGGACAA